GCGCCGCCCCUUUCACCGCCAGUCUGCUCCCGGCCUGUGCAGCUUCCGUCGCUACAUGUAUGCUCGGUUCGGGAGAGUUCCAGCGUAGCGGCGGCCGCAGCGCCUUGUACGCCUGGUCCCUGGUGUGUGUGAGCCGGGCCGUGCAGUGGGGGUGGCUCGGACGGUGCAGGGCCGGGGCCGCCAGUAAAGUCCUAGUGUACGGUGGCCCCGGACCUUCCAGUCCCUGUCUGCUGUCAGCCUCUGCCCGGGGCCCGGAUUCGUUAGGUGAAGGCGCGGCAUGUCUGCCUCCUCCGCUGACAUGAUUGAAACCCCUCCAGUGCUCAACUUCGAGGAGAUCGACUACAAGGAGAUCGAGGUGGAAGAGGUAGUUGGAAGGGGAACCUUCGGUGUGGUCUGCAAAGCAAAAUGGAGAGGAAAAGAUGUGGCUAUCAAGCAAAUAGAAAGUGAAUCCGAAAGAAAAGCUUUUAUUGUAGAGCUCCGACAGUUGUCACGUGUGAAUCACCCAAAUAUUGUGAAGUUGUAUGGAGCCUGCCUAAAUCCUGUAUGUCUUGUUAUGGAAUAUGCUGAAGGCGGCUCACUGUAUAAUGUUCUGCAUGGUGCUGAGCCCCUGCCUUGCUACACAGCUGCUCAUGCAAUGAGUUGGUGUUUACAGUGUGCCCAAGGAGUGGCAUAUUUACAUAGCAUGAAGCCAAAGGCUCUUAUUCACAGGGACCUUAAACCACCAAACUUGCUCUUGGUGGCUGGAGGUACAGUUUUGAAGAUAUGUGACUUUGGUACAGCGUGUGACAUUCAAACCCAUAUGACUAACAACAAAGGGAGUGCUGCAUGGAUGGCUCCUGAAGUCUUUGAAGGUAGCAACUACAGUGAGAAAUGUGAUGUUUUCAGUUGGGGCAUUAUCCUUUGGGAAGUCAUUACUAGGAGAAAACCUUUUGAUGAAAUUGGUGGCCCUGCCUUCCGUAUUAUGUGGGCAGUUCACAAUGGUACUCGGCCACCUCUAAUUAAAAAUUUACCUAAGCCUAUUGAAAGCUUAAUGACUCGAUGCUGGUCAAAAGAUCCAUCUCAGCGACCUUCAAUGGAGGAGAUUGUCAAGAUAAUGACACAUCUUAUGCAGUAUUUUCCUGGUGCUGAUGAAGCUUUACAGUAUAGAUGCCAAUAUUCUGAUGGUGGGCAGAGCAAUUCUGCCACAAGUACAGGGUCCUGCAUUGAUAAUUCUACAAAUACAAGCAGUAAAAGUGAUUUUGACGACUUGCAGGUUAGUGCAAGCAAUGAUACAAUCAAACGAAUAGAGUCCAAAUUGGCACAAUGGAACAAUCAGUCCAAGCAAGGUGGGGAACCAGGCCGCUUGAGUCUGCCACCCUCUCGAGGUAGCAGCGUUGAAAGUCUUUCUGAUACUCGAGUUAAGCCACCUUCAAUACUUACACCUGAGAGUAAAAGGAGGAGUGCAGAUAUGUCCGAAUCGGAGCCAAGGAUUUCUGCAGGCACAGCAUAUACCAAGUCUAAACGAGGUCACCGUAAAACUGCUUCAUUUGGCAAUAUUCUGGAUGUCCCUGAGAUCAUCAUAACAGCAGGCAACGGGCAGCAAAGGCGCAGAUCUGUUCAAGACGUCAGCAUUCUUGGAACUGAGUCCAGUCAGGAGAGUAGAAGUAGCAGCCGAUCCUCAAGUCCUAGUGUGAGGAUGAUUACUACCUCGGGACCAACCCCUGACAAGCCUCCACGUGGUAUUCCAUGGGGUCCCGAAGAUUCAGAUACCAAUGGUUCAGAUAACUCUAUACCAAUGGCAUAUCUUACACUCGACCAUCAAUUGCAGCCUCUCGCACCAUGUCCAAAUUCCAAGGAAUCUAUGGCUGUGUUUGAGCAGCACUGCAAAAUGGCACAAGAGUAUAUGAAGGUUCAGACUGAAAUAGCAUUAUUGUUGCAGCGAAAACAAGAGCUAAUAGCUGAACUAGACCAGGAUGAAAAAGACCAACAAAAUACAUCUCGUCUGGUCCAGGAACACAAAAAGCUGCUAGACGAAAACAAAAGUCUUUCUACGUAUUAUCAGCAAUGCAAGAAACAGCUGGAUGUCAUUAGAAGUCAGCAGCAAAAAAGACAAGGAACUUCCUGAUCAUCCAAGGCUGUAUACCUCUUGGUGUGCCACCAUUAUGGACAUCUUGCAAACUUUCCUUCUUUAUUUUGAGCAUGAAGAUGGAUAUAUUUUAUUUGAAAUCAACACAUGAAGCUGCUGGACAAAUACAGCAAUUACGGGAUUUUUGUGAACUAUUGAUGUGUGCAUGUUUCAUGCCUAUGGGAAGUCCUAUUAUGUUAUAUAUAAAUAGUUAUUGAUUUUUUUUUUUUUUUUUUUUUUUUAUGCUGAACUUUGCUUCUAAAAGAGAACCUCAGAUCUUGCUUUUAAACAGUUUAUUUUUCUGUUAACAAAGUUUAUUUUAGUAAGCUGGCUAACACAGUUGAAGAAAAGAAGUCUUCAGGUCAUUUCACAUGCUCAGUGUUUCAAUGUAUUCCUUCAGUUCAGUAAUUUAUAUUUUACUGUCAGCGUGCUGAAACAGCGUUGGGGUAAAGGUUGUACAAUUAAAUAAAGGCAGUUUUAUUAUAUAAAAAAAGAAAUACACAUUUAAUUUUUCCUGCGCAGUCUGCAUUUGGUGGUGAUAAUUGAACUACAGUUAAGGAAUAUCAUGCUGUUAAGAUAAUCAUUCCCUUCUUGUUGGGUCAUGGGAUAUUUUUAAAUUAAUUAUUGAAAUUCUAGAAGAGCAUGCAACUAUCUGUAAGUCUCUAAAAGGAAUAAAACUCAUGAGCUGGUAGAUUACUCAUCAUAAAAAUAAAUACAAUUAUUCACCGGAAGUGAACUGGCUAUUGUAGUCAAAAAGGAACAUUUAAUUCCGUUGUAUGUCAACAGUUUCUAAAUGCUAGAAUGACUCAAGUUUAAUAGGGGUUGGUUGUGUGUUUUCAAGCUGAAUUUUUUUUCUUUGUACCACUUUGGGCAUUUUAUGUUAAGUAUGUCAUAAGGGAGCACUAACAGUAUCUUCUGUUUUUAAGAAUCCUACAGUAUUCUGAUUAAAGAUUUGCUUAUUCUUUUU